AUGGACAACCCAAAAGGGACAACUAGGUUUUUGGACCCUUUGGUGCACGGGGACUACCCUCCCUCCAUGAAGCUUAAUGUGGGGGAAAGGCUUCCUAACUUUACAAAGGAGGAACAAAAAAUGGUGAACGGGUCCUAUGACUUUGUGGGCGUCAACUACUACACUUCCAGAUACGUCCAGGCUACAAAGCUAACCAGCAGUGAACCUGCCAACUAUACAAAUGAUCAGCGCCUUACGAAACUAACUGAGAAAAACGGAGUGCCUAUUGGUGAGCAGGCUGGAGGCUUCGACCAGAUUUAUGUUUACCCAGUUGGAUUGUUGAAAGUUCUGGAACAUAUGAAGCUUGCAUAUAAAAAUCCGAAGAUCUUCAUCACUGAAAACGGAUAUCCUGAUAAAAGAAAUGACUCGAUCCCGAUUAAGACAGCACUGCAAGAUGAUAAGCGGAUCAUGGUCUUACAAGAGCAUCUUUACUACAUCAAAAAUUCCAUCAGCAAGGGCGUUAACAUCAAAGGGUACUUCGUAUGGUCUAUUGUAGAUGGCAUGGAAAUGAAUUCAGCUUAUACUAUUCGAUUUGGCCUAUGUUAUGUCGACUACCUAGACAAUUACAAGCAUUAUCCUAAAAAAUCAAUUACCUGGUACAGGAAGUUAAUCACCAAUGAAACCAGCGGUUAA